CAAACGCCGCGAGCGGGCCGCCAUGUUGGAUUUAAAGGGGCCGCCGUGUGGUCGCCCUCCUUCUCCCUUUCGGUUGCCCCGACGCCCGAGCGGGUUGCCAGUGCGGGGUGGAGGACAGAGGGGCGGCCUUGCCCCUGCUGCCCACCCACUGCGGGGGCAUUGGUGCCCCCUGCUCCUCCCCUUUCUCUUCCUCGCCCUCCUCCCGCAUCCCAGCCCGGGGACUUUCCAUCCAGGUCCCCCCGUUAAAGGCCCGGGACCGAGUGGGCCCUGCCCCCGGGGGCAGCCGGGUUGCCACGUGUGGGGGCAGGGCAGGGCCGGCUCCUUCCCCCUCCGUGCCCCCGGACGCAGGGCGGGGCCCCGCAGCAGGGGCCGUGGACUCCUGGACCGUGGGCAGGGCGGUGCCCUCCCUGCCCAUCGCCUCGCUUCCGGGCUCUCGCUCCUCUGGCUGCACUCCCCGGCUUGGGCCUCGGGGCGGGUUGCCUGCCUCUUGCAAUGGCCAGCCUGGUGUUGGGAGGGCCGAAGGAGACGGGAGUGGAGCGACUGAGCCAAGAGGAGAUCCUAGGGAGCACCCGGCAAGUGAGCCAGGGUCUGGAGGCCCUGCGCAAUGAGCACCACACGGUGCUGCAGAGCCUGGCCCACGCCCUGCGGAGCCUGCAGCAGGACGGCCAAGACGCGGGCCUGAUGCACGAGAAGACCGGCCGCCUGCGGCGCUCCGUGGAGGACAUCGAACUUGGACUGGGCGAGGCGCAGGUGAUGCUGGCACUGGCGAGCCACCUGGGCACGGUGGAGUCGGAGAAACAAAAGCUGCGGGCGCAAGUGCGGCGCCUGAUGCAGGAGAACGCGUGGCUGCGGGAAGAGCUGGCCAACACCCAGCAGAGGCUGCAGCUCAGCGAGCAGGCCGUGGCCCAGCUGGAGGAGGAGAAGAAGCACCUGGAGUUCAUGGGGCAGCUGCGGCAGUAUGAUGAGGAUGGGCCCGCCGAGGAAGAGAAGGAGGGAGACUCUACCCGCGACAGCCUCGACGAUUUGUUCCCGGAGGAGGAGGAGGAGGAGAAGUCGGGGCCCAACUCGUCCUAUGACAAGGGUGCGGCGGCUGCCCAGCAGGGAGGCUACGAGAUCCCAACUCGCCUGCGAACGCUGCAUAACCUAGUGAUCCAGUACGCGGCCCAGGGCCGCUACGAGGUGGCCGUGCCGCUCUGCAAACAGGCGCUGGAGGAUCUGGAGCGCACUUCGGGCCACAGGCAUCCGGACGUAGCCACCAUGCUCAAUAUCCUGGCCCUUGUCUACCGGGACCAAAACAAGUACAAGGAAGCAGCUCACCUGCUCAACGACGCCCUGAGCAUCCGGGAGAGCACGCUGGGCCGGGAUCAUCCCGCGGUGGCCGCCACCCUGAACAACUUGGCGGUGCUGUACGGCAAGAGAGGCAAAUACAAGGAGGCAGAGCCUCUAUGCCAGCGGGCCCUGGAGAUCCGUGAGAAGGUCCUGGGCGCUCGCCACCCGGACGUGGCCAAGCAGCUCAACAACCUGGCGCUGCUGUGUCAGAACCAGGGCAACUACGACGCCGUGGAGCGCUACUAUAGGCGAGCGCUGGCCAUCUACGAAGAGCAGCUGGGGCCCGAUGACGUCAACGUGGCCCGCACGAAGAACAACCUGGCAUCCUGCUACCUGAAACAGGGCAAGUUCACGGAGGCCGAGGUCCUCUACAAGGAGAUCCUGACCCGGGCCCACGUCCAGGAGUUUGGACCCGUGAAUGGUGACCACAAACCCAUCUGGGUGCAUGCGGAGGAGCGGGAGGAGAGGAGCAGGAGCCGACUCGGGGACAGCAUGCCUUAUGUGGAGUAUGGAGGCUGGUAUAGGGCCUGCAGGGGCAGCAGUCCCACGGUGACCACCACCUUGCGGAACCUGGGAGCGCUGUAUCGGCGCCAGGGAAAGAUGGAGGCCGCAGAUACCCUGGAGGAAUGUGUCUUGCGCUCCUGGAAGCAGGGCACGGACCCCAUCAGCCAAACCAAAGUGGUAGAGCUGCUUGGGGAGUCGGAGGGCCAGCGGCCUCCCGGAGACAGUACCACGGGGGGCAACGUGAAGUAUGCAGGCGGCGAGGACGGCAGUGUGGCUGUGGACUGGCCAGGGGACAGCAGCGGGUCCCUUCAGCGGGGCGUCACGCUGGGGAAGAUCCGGGAGGUGCUGCGUCGGAGCAGCGAACUGCUGGUGAAGAGGCUGCAGGGGACGGAACCCCAACCCUCCAGCAACAUGAAAAGGGCGGCAUCCUUAAACUACCUGAACCAUCCCAGUGGAAAGGUUUUCCAGGGCUCCCGGGGCCUCAGUGCCAGCACUACAAAUCUCUCAUCGAGCAGCUGAUACUCAACCCUUCUGGCUCUUCAGGUUUCAGACCACCAGGUCCCCACCAGAAUCCCCUACUGAGCUGGGCACUAGGCCUGAGGUCACUGCUGGGAGGGGAGAUGGGAGGAUGCGAACCGUUGGAUGAGGACUUUGCUUCCCCCUCAGGAAGACCCCCGUUCUUCCCCAAUCUGCCCUCCUCCCCCCCACUGCUCUUCUGUACAUCAGAUUCCCCUCUCCGUGGCAGGAAGGGGCUGCCUGCCCUGGAGAAUGCUUCCAGCUGCGAAUGCCAGCCGAGUUGAUUGAGAAGCCCUCAGCCUCCAGCCCCCGAGCUCCGUUCUGCCCAACUGCUCCUAAAGGUCUGGGCUUCCUCUGUGCAGGUCCUUCCAUUUCAGUUUUCUUUCAUUAAUUAAUUAAUUAAUAAAUAUAAAAUCCGACAGACCGUCUUGGGGUAAAAGCAGAUGGUGGUGGGGCCUACCGGAGAAGGGAACGCGUGGGGAGAGGGAAUCCCGUUCCUUUUUUGUCUGCCUUGUCCUAAGCAAAGUAGACGGGGCUAGAGAGAGGGGGUGGUGAGGAAUGGAUGAGGCGACCCUUACCCUAAAGUCAAAGGAGAGUCAGGAGAGGCAUUUGAUCUUGGGUGCCCCGGGGGGCAAGGUGGAAAGGAGAAAUCCGGAUGACGAGGGCCACGGAAACCACUCUGUGUCGGCUCCCCCAACUUCCUGCUCCCCCAUAUUUACCCGGUUCUGCAGGACACAUCUCUGCCCCGGCUUAAAGGAGAGUAACCGAACUUGCUGCUCCCUUCCUUUUUCUUGGGCCUUCACCCACUUGGCUUUUCCCUGCUUUUGACCCAAGUGACUUCAGGCCCUUUCCUCACGCCCCUCCCUCCAUUCCAGAAAUAAAGUUGUUCCCGGGAA